CUGCCCAAGUGCAGACUCAGGGCACGCAAACGAAUCGAGCACGCUCGGAUUUCUUGAAUUAGACCCGCGAGAAGAAACUGUUUAGAACCGCCACUCCCAUGGCUUCGAAAGGCGACAAGACGACGGGUCUGAAUCUAGUUAUGGCUCUUGCGGUGGUCCUGGCCAUGCUCUGUGCGCAAGCCACGGCCCAAUCCGGGUGCACCAGUGCGCUCAAGGGCCUCACGCCGUGCCUCAGCUUCGUGACGGGGUGCUCGUCCGCCCCAUCCUCCUCGUGCUGCUCGGAGCUGGCCAGCUUAGUCCAGUCGCAUCCGCAGUGCCUUCACACGGUCCUUGACGACGUUUCGUUGUCCUUCGACGUGACCCUGAACCAGGAGAAAAUACUCAGUGGUAACCUCGCCCUCAAGCUCCCCAGCGCCUGCAUUGUGCAGACCCUUGUUAGCAAGUGCAACGGUGAGUUUUGAGCACAAACCGAGCGUGGUUUCUCGUUUUCUCUCUUUCAAUGUUUAGUUUUCAAGGCGUCGUGCUUUCUGGGAUUUGAUGCUUCAACUUGUCGGCAGCUUCCGGCGGAACGGUUGAUCCAGUUGGCUCAACAGAGAGUUUUCCGAGCGACACAUCUGGUGCUACUACUAGUCCCUCUGGCUCAUAAGUUGAUCAUGUCACAUAUAUGCAUUUAAUUUGCAAUCAUGUGAAAGCCGAAAAUCGGAGUCAUCUUCUUUAAAUCGAUACACAGCACAUGAAAUAUUUGAGAUGAAUCCCAUACCAUACUGCUGAUCUUAAGGCUAAAAUCCAUGAAGGAUACGCUCUAGGCUGAUCCUUCAGUUCCUAUUGAAUUCAAGAAACUCCUUAGACUACUUUCAUACGUUGAUAAUACGUUGGUACCGACCAAAAUGCGAAGAUCGAAUAACAUGUCGGAGUCAUGAAGCACAUAGAGCAAUGUCCAUCCUAACUA